CGCUUAACAAGCAAGAUCUUAUCUUAUCGGGGAUCGGCCCCGCCGGAGCUGCCGCGGCGUUUUCUACAGCGGGAGGUCGCUUCCCCGGACUUCAAGGCACCAUGUGCCUGCCGCCGAUAACGAUAGCGCUUGUUGGGCAAAUAGCCCGCCGUAACAAUUUUUGUCUCGCGGCCAAAUCCACCCGUCCCAGUCCCGCGACCAGCAGCGCUUGAGCCAGAACCAGACCACCACCCGAGUCCGAGUCCCCGCGGCGCGAAUCUCUAAAUCCCGUUUCCACGCCCCCGGCCGCCGUCAACCCUCCGACCCGACCCCCGAAACGAACCGUUCUCUCUCUCCUCCGACGUCCCCGCGGUUCGCCCACCACCACGCCUGAUUAACUUCACUGGCGACGACGACGGUCCAUCUACCUCAACAAACCUUAACCAAAACCGAGAUACCCAUCCCAUAAUUAUACCAACCCGCCAAACCGCCAAAAUGUCAUCAAAACUCCCCACCACCCUCCUUCGCCGCCCUUUCGCCCUCCCCUCCACCACCACAUACACCGCCUACUCGGCGUCUCGCCCAACAACCCAAACAUGCGCGCAACAACAAAUCCGUAACGCAACCUUCGUCCCCCGCCACCGCCGCCCCUACCAAUUCACCCAGCUGGUCCAGCUCUCGGACGGCAGCACCUUCACAGUGCGCACCACCAUGCCGACGGCGCUGUACAAGUCGGCCAAGGACAGCCGCAACCACCUGCUGUGGCAGCCCUCGGACAAGUCGCUCAAGAACGUCGAGCUGGACGAGGCCGGCAAGCUGGCCGCCUUCCGCGAGAGAUACGGUCGCGGGUGGGAUCUGGAUGCCAAGAUGACGCCUGAGGAGGAGGAGGCUGCUGCUGCUGCUUUGGCUGCUGGUGGCAAGGGCGCGAAGAAGGCUGCUGCGGAGGAGGCCCUCCUGGCUAAGAAGAAGGCGGCCGAAGAGGAGGCGGCUAAGAAGAAGGCUGCGGCUGAGGCCGAGGCUGAGGAGGUUGAUCCUUUCGAUUCUUUGACGGAUUUGAUCAGUGGGUAUGCGACGGAGAACAUGAACCCUGGGUUGAAUGUCAAGGAUACUCGUCCUAGGAGGAAGUAAACGGCGGGGGGUGAUAUGCUGGGAGAUGAUGGGUGAUGGGGUGUUCGUGGGGCGGUGUUGAGGUUAAUCUCAGACGCAAGACACUCGAAGAAACCCGAAAGAUGUCCACAGCAUCCUGGCCCGUCUGAGUGGGAAGUGUUUUACUUCCUAUUCCUUCUGACCCCUGAGAUAACUCCUCCACCUUGUAUCAUUAUAUCGACCGGUCCCCCGCGGAGGACGAGGAAGCUUGCCCGGUCAUUGCUGCUUGCUGUUGGAUGACUUCGGAGGGCAGUGUACCAUCAGAUUCCGCGCCAUGGUCGGCUCUAUCGGGAACGCGGGAAGGCAGAUCUGUACAUAUAGAGAUGGGAUGGGAUGAGGAAUGGAAAACACGUUUGUGGGGGCCAAUUAUAGAAAGUGUAUGGAUAAGAGGUUU